AUGGAGAAAGAACUGGAUAGUUAGUAGAUUAAAAUGGAAGAAAAUAAUAACAAUAACAACAAUAACAAUAGCAUCAAUAAUAGCAACGGUAUCAAAGAUUCCUCUAACACUAAUAACUAAAAUGGAGCUUAAAAAAAGAGUAAUUUAAGUUAACCGAAUUAAUAAAAGGUAUCUAGGUAAAAGAAAAAGCUUCAAUGGAAGGAGGAAGUAGAUAUAGUUGUUGUAGAAAACCUUAAGGAGUAUAACAUGCAAUCAAAUGAUUUUGAAAAAAGUGCUUGUCGUUGCAAUGUAUUUUAAUCAAGCUUCUUUGUUACCUGUUCUGCAUGA